CCCUACAAAUUCUCCCCUUCCUUCCCUGCAAGGGACUCAUCCACGCGUGCCUUCCUUGAGCGGCAACCACUAUUAGUACCACCAGAGGAGAAGGAAACUUCGCCAAGCAAGCGAGAAGGUUCUCAAAGUUCCGUGUUCUUCUUCUGUCGGAUGAUGCCCCUCCUCGUAUAAGCACAAUAACGUGCCUGGUCUUUUCCUCCAAACUGCGGCAUCAGUUCCAAAGCUGCUGCAAGUAAAACUAAUCUCAGUGGUUCAUGUAUGGGUUCAUUAGGUGAAGAUAUAAGUGAAACAAAAAACACCAAACCCCUUGGUGUUUGUUUUCUGGAAUACAUCAAGGGCACUCCUUUGAACUUCAAAACAUACCAAGUCAUUGUAUUGGUUUUAACUUUUUUCGGAUAUGCUAGCUAUCAUGUCACCAGAAAAACCACAAGCAUUGUUAAAGGUGUCCUUGAUCCCGAAACAUCGCAAUUGGGCUUCACCCAUUGGCCAACAUCUCACUUUCUUAGAAGAGGACAUGGGGCAGAACAGAAACCGGGAAUAAGGAGCGGUUGGGCUCCAUUUGACACUUCCAGUGGCACUGCAAUGCUUGGGGAGAUUGAUGUGGCCUUCCUCUCGGCAUACUCUCUUGGCAUGUACUUUGCCGGGCAUUUAGGUGACAGAUUAGAUCUAAGAAUGCUUCUGACAAUUGGAAUGAUAGGAACUGGUCUCUUCACUUCCCUCUUUGGUGCUGGCUACUGGUUAAAUAUCCAUAGUUUCUACUACUUCUUAGUGGUUCAGGUGAUGGCUGGUUUGUUUCAGUCAACAGGCUGGCCCUCAGUUGUAGCUGUUGUUGGGAACUGGUUUGGGAAGAGCAAGAGAGGACUAAUCAUGGGGAUCUGGAAUGCGCACACUUCAGUUGGAAAUAUAUCUGGCUCGCUGAUUGCUUCUGCUUUACUGAAGUAUGGAUGGGGCUGGUCCUUUGCUGUUCCCGGCCUUGUAAUUGCCCUUGUUGGGUUGAUAGUCUUUCUAUUGUUGCCAGUUAGUCCUGAGGCAGUAGAAAUUGAAAAGGAAGAAGAUGAGCUGUUGAAGUCUCCUGAGAAAGAUGGAACCACAGAGCCUCUAUUGGUAGGUAAAACAGAUGUCAGAGAAAAAGCAGUAGGCUUCAUGGAGGCAUGGAGGAUCCCUGGUGUCGCACCAUUUGCUCUCUGUCUGUUCUUCUCCAAAUUGGUUGCUUAUACCUUCCUCUACUGGCUCCCUUUCUACAUCAGCCAAACAGCAAUUGAUGGCAGCUAUCUAUCAGAUUCAACAGCUGGAACCCUAUCAACAUUAUUUGAUGCUGGAGGCGUAGUUGGUGGCAUCCUUGCUGGUCACAUCUCCGACCGGCUCAAUGCCCGGGCAUUGACGGCAGCUAGCUUCAUGUACUGUGCUAUCCCAGCAAUCUUCUUCUACCGCAUAUAUGGCAGCAUCUCCUUGAACUGGAACAUUGCCCUCAUGUUCAUCACUGGAAUGUUUGUGAAUGGUCCCUAUGCAUUGAUAACAACAGCAGUCUCCGCUGACCUAGGCACACAUAGCUCCCUGAAUGGCAACUCUCGAGCUUUGGCAACUGUGACAGCAAUCAUAGAUGGAACAGGGUCUGCGGGAGCCGCUAUUGGGCCCCUGCUGACGGGCUAUAUCUCAGCCAAUAGCUGGAGUGCAGUGUUCACGAUGCUGAUGGUGGCGGCGCUGGUGGCUGGACUGCUCUUGUCACAGCUUGUGGUGGCUGAGGUGUCUGCAAAGAUAGCAUCUGCAAGACUGCGGCGUGCAGGUGACCUCCCAAGGUCCUCCAUGGUGGAGCCUUAAGUGUAAUAUUGAGAUCACUUGGCUUGUUUAAGGAAUAAAAGGUGCGACGGAAGAAAUACUCCUUUUUUUUUAUCUGAGGAGCAUCUCUUUGUUGCUUGUUGUGGGAGCGUAGAUGUUGGAUGCCUUGAACUCCCUCCACAACCUUCCUGCUCGUGAUGGAGGGGGGGGGGCGCUCCUGGCUGAACCGAGAUUUCAAGUAGGUGGAGUGAUCAUAACUACGCUCAGGGGAAUGAGUGAUUCCGUCCAAGUUUGUUUCUCUGCUCUCAUGCUUAGAAGCAAGGAAGCCGGAUUGCUUUAAGCUAAUACUGAUGUAUAAUAAUGGUUUUCAUUCAUGGGGAGAAAGUCUUGUAUAUAUGUGUUAAGAGGCUUUGAUCUGGCAAGAGCUUCAAAGAACCAGUGUAUAUGUGGAGUGUGCUCUAUUAACUAUGUUGCUUGAAAUAUCUUUGUACUUGAAUAUUUGGGAUCGACAUGUUCAUAUAAUCUUGAUUUGGAAUUUGGAUAAUAUAAAUGCACUAAGAUUGCUAGUUUUGGGCA